AUGCCGCCGCGAGCGCCGCGAGCCCGGCGAGGGAACGCGCUUAAGCAGAAGACCGCGGCGGAGGAGAACGUCGAGUCCGCGCCGACGCGCGCGACCGCGCCGAUGGUGUCCCCGAAAGCCGUUGGCUCGACGGCUCGCGGAGAUGCCCCAGUCGCGGAGAAGAUGCCGCCGACGACCGCGACGGACGCGCCCGCGGAGGGGGACGCGAGAGCGCUUCUCGAGAAGGAGCUCGCGGACCUCGACUCUGAACGUGCGCGAUGA